AUGUCUACUAUUCAAAGGAGGAGAAAUAGGGUGGUGUGUAUCCAAGAUGAAAACGGGGUCUGGAGUUCGGGAGAGCAUAAUGUUCGCACAACUUUUGACAGGUACUUUCGUAAUCUCUUCACUACCAAUGGUCCCCGAGAGAUGAGGAAUGUUGUGGAAUGUGUAAACCCGGUGAUAUCUAAUGCAAUGAAUACAGAUUUUCUUAGACCUAUUGCCCCACAAGAAAUCAAGGAUGUUGUGUUUGAGAUGGGAGCUCUCAAGGCUCUAGAGGUUUAG